UUUAUUUUUCACAGUGAAUAGGUUGCUGGCAGGUUAUUUUUGUUUGAACAAUUAUUCUGACUUUUUGGCAUCAUUUUGUCACCAGGGAUGCAUAACACAGUAGCAUGACAAUGUUACAAUAUGGGAGUCAGAAACCAAAGGAAAGUUGUUAAAUGCCAACAGUCAUAAAACCAGAAAACUCAACAUCUCCUCCUGCCACCAAUUAACAGCUUUUUAAAAAUAACUGAGUCAGAACUACAGGUACACUGUGGUUGGCUUCCUUAAAUGUAGGAUUCAGAGGUUGAUAUUUACCAGACAGCAAUUUUCUUUUAAAUACCUCUGGUCCAAGCUGGCUGGGCUUUGUCUGGAUGGGAUAUAUGCUUAAAAUAUUGAAUAUCAUCAAAGAACUGUCAACUCUUGCCUUUGAAAUAUGGCCAGUAUGGUCUCCUGAAGACAGCUUCAGUCGUGUUCUGCAGAGGACUGACUGAAACUGAUUUUAUGAAACAUUUCCAUAACAACAGUUGGUGCUGAGUUGAGGUUAGGUAGGACCUGGGGCCACUGGUGUCAGAGCAGUACAGGUGUUCAAGACAGCAUCAUCCUUGUCUAGUAAAGAUCACUUGGCUGUUCUAAAUACUAAAACAGCUUCUAUAGAAGUUUCCAAGUGGUAUUUAGCUGGUUGCUGGUAGAAUAGCAUGAAACUGGCAUUUUGUAAGCAGCAGGAAAGAGUUACAGGCCCACUUUUAUGGCUUCUGCUUCCACUUAGCCUUCUGUAAUGCUGCUGCAUUUACAGGUCAGAGCUGUGCUGGAGAAUCUUCGCCCAUGCAAAAAGUUUCUCCUGUUCCAGUCACAACAGGAAAGUUUUGUUCCUCCUUUGAACAUUCUUGUCUCAAGGUUGUAGAUAAGCAAGGCAGGCAGUGUGGAGUAUUUGGAGAUCUCGCUGUUCUGUCUUGGAGUGGUUGCUGUAUUUUUGAGGAUAUAAAGGGGAUACUGAGCCCCUGGAUAAUCUAAACUUGCACUUAAAAUAGAUUUGCUGUAAGUUACACUAUGUAGAGGGAUAUUCUCUCAAGAUGUAUUUGCUCCAAUCACCUGGGUAUUGCCUUUUUAUUUUUGCUAGCAAAAUAAAAUGAGAUACUGUGUUUGUAUUCCAGUGUCAGCAUCAGCAAAUAUUAAUGCGUUUUGCCAUUCUGCAGCAUACAAUAAUCUGCAGAGUCAAGAUCCUGGACUAAUGGAUAAAUGAUGCUUAGUUUCCCUUCUGUAUGAAGCCAGUAAAUAAGUUGAUUAUUUUGACUUAUCUGUUUUUAAUUUCCGGUGAGUUAUUCUGGCUCAUACAGAGCCUCUGUAUGAGUUGUUUAUAACUCUUUAUGAAUGGUGCAGACAGUCUGUGAGAGCCUGGCUCUGCGCCUCUGUCUCUGGAGUGAAUUGUACUGUCAGGAAAACAGGGAGCCAGCCAGAGGAGCUGCUUCCCUGCUCUGACACUCAGCUCAUUAUUGAUUUUCCUCUGUGGUCCCACCCAUGGACAAGCAAUGAUGGAUGGACUCUCAAAAAUGCAGUUGUGAUGUUUGAUCAGCACAGCUUUCUUUUAAGCCAUUCAUGAUGUGCUAGACUGUAUAAAAUGCAGUUCCAGUACAGGGUUAUAUUCCUACCAACCUGAGCUCAGAGGCAUCUUUGUGGGGAAGGAGAGGAAGUGAAAAAUAAUAGCUCAUAGAUAAUACAGAUUUACUUGAGAUAAGGCAUUUAAUAUCUUUUUCUCUACAGCUAUCUUCUAAAAACAUCUGAAUGCCCACCAGUUUCAGGCUUAUGAGAGCUUCAGUCUUGUGUCCUAAAGUCAUGAGUCCUUUAGUUUUGUCAAGAAGCUGUACUUCAGAUGCACAGCUUUGUCAAGAGCCAUAGUAAAUCUGUCAGUCAUAUCUGUAGGAUGAUCUGAAGUUAAAGUUAGCUCUUCUCUGAACCAGGGAUUAGCCCAGAUGACCUCUUGAGGUGUCUUCCAGCCCACGUUACACUGCGAUUACACAGCAAGGCAGGGCACUUGCAGCAUGGCAGCUGCACGGUCAAAUCAUGCAGCAAGUGUUCAGAGAAGCUUUUAAAGGGGUGAAGGAUAAGGUGCUAAAAGUGUUGUAUUGGAAAGUGUGCAGCCACUGACGACAGUUCCUGCCCUGAGCAGCUCUUCUGAACAAGCAGAGCAGGAACAUAUCCUGCCUGGAACGUCAGCAUGUACCUGUGAGUUCAGGCUUUAUAUGAAUUUGGAUUGUACCAGAUGACCUCAUUAGGGCCCUGUUCUUGCAGGUAUUACUUUACAAGAGCAGUUGUGAUCUGUUUAUUUUGAAAUUGCAGCGUGAGCAAAGAAGGGAAGAACUUCUGACACUUUGCGUCGCUGUUAGAAAACAGGCACAGCUCCUCAUGGUGAAAAAUGAAGCUUUUUGUUUUAGGUGCCUGGCUCAAGCUUGGCCCAGGAAGUAUACUCAGAGUUGGCAGUUUUUCUGCUGGUUUACACUUAAAGAGUUCCCAAAUUAGCUGUUUGCUGAGGAGACAGAAAACAUGAACUGAUUUUUCACUUAUGGGUCAGGCUGGGGUUACUCUCAGACAUGAGCACAAAUAGCUCAAAAUCAGAUGCUUGAUAUCAUUUGUAUGUGGAGUCAUUGAUAAGUGGAAAUAUAAAAUGUCUUCAAUGUUGGCAAACUAAAUACAAUCAGUUCUUAAAAUAAAGUCUUCAUCUCAUGAAGUUCCUUAGUCCCACAUUUAUGUUAUCAGACUAAGAACUAGAAUAAAGGAUUAAAGUGUCUUGCUGUGCUGGAUGGAGUCUAGGUACAGCAGAAGACUUACAAGAAAAAUCUUUAAGUAUGAAAAUGAAUCCUCAGUGGUGAAGGAUUGCAAUUGUUCUGGGAAAAACACAGGAAGCCCAACAUCCCACGAGUACAUUGCGACUUAACAGGCAAUCCUGCAGAAGAGAAACCUGACAAGCAAAUGUUUAUCCUCUCAAACAUGAAGUUUCCCACAACAGAAAAAUGGUAUUUUUAAAUCCUCGAGCAAGGACUGUAUAUGCAUUAAUAUAAUUUCUUGUUGAGUUUCUCAUAACACUUGGAUACUGCUUGCUAGUUGGCUGGGUAGUUAGACUUAUGACAAUAAAUGCUUUCAAUAAAGGAAUUAAAAAAUUGGCAAAUGGCCUCAAAUGCCUGUUGAAACAUGUCUGAGCAAAACCCUGGGUUGCCUUAAUAUAUUGGGUGCAUUAGUGAUUAAGAGUUCUGGUGUCCUGGAACAUGCGUAAGAAGAUGGGAUCCAGGACUAGGUUAGCUUGGCUCAGCUCUUGCAAAAGAGUGAGGUUUGAAUGUUCCUGCUGCUUUUGCAGCUGUCUUUGAGCCCUGGUUUCCAUGCCUCCCUGCAUCCAUAUUACCCAGGAAUCUUUCUUCCUAUCAGCUUGAUAUGCUUAUAUUUCAGAUUACUGUCAGGUUUUUCCUCUGCAUUUUACCCGUAUUUUGUCUGUUUAAUGAGUUCAUUUAAGAUAGAGCAGUGAACGUGGAGGCCUGGGUGCAUUAUCCCCUCUUUGGAACUGUCCUUUUUCAGAAAGGCAAAUUUAUCAGGAAAGAUUUCAGGAGAGCUGUUUGGAUUAAUGUCACUCAUCAAUAGCACAUAUGCACAAAGCCACCUGGCAGUUUUAAAACCAGUUAAAAGGCAUUUGAGUUAAUUUUCUUUGUCAGAAAUAUCCCAGCUGGUUGUAUGAGUUUCCUAGGGCUGUUAUUCAAUGCUGAUUUUUUACUCCUUAGGGAAAGGCAUGGGUGCAUAUGGUAGUGGAGGGCUGGAACAUCUUCAUGAGUAGCCUCAUCUUUGGGGGAGCAGUGAUGCUUGGGAGCACUGUGUUAUCUUUUCUGGAGACACUGUUUUUCCUCCAUUCUCUUAACAGGCUUGCUUGGCUGCAUAGAUAUUGUGGAGACUCUCACUUUGGAAUGUGUUCCAGAGUCUGCUUAAAUACUUGAGUUAAAGAAUAUAGCUGAGAGCCCCAUGGAAAGGUGGCUAUGGUGGAAGUUCAGCUUGAUGCAGAACACGACUAUCCUCAGGGGCUCUUGAUAGCCUUCAGUGCCUGCACUACUGUGCUUGUUGCAGUUCACCUUUUUGCACUCAUGAUAAGUACCUGCAUUCUUCCAAACAUAGAGGCUGUAAGCAAUGUGCAUAACCUCAACUCUGUCAAGGAAUCUCCUCACGAGCGCAUGCACCGGCACAUUGAGCUCGCGUGGGCGUUUUCCACUGUCAUUGGGACUUUGCUCUUUCUUGCAGAAGUGGUGUUACUGUGCUGGGUGAAGUUCCUUCCUUUAAAGAAGAAAACUGACAACACCCCGCAGAGCAACAGUUCUACCAUCACAUCAGGACAGGCAGCAGCCAUUGCAUCGACGUCCAUUAUGGUGCCCUUUGGAUUGAUUUUCAUUGUGUUUGCAGUCCACUUCUACCGGUCACUGGUGAGCCACAAAACAGACAGGCAAUUUCAGGAACUCAAUGAACUUGCUGAAUUUGCACGGCUCCAGGAUCAGCUGGAUCACAGAGGUGAUGCUGUCACCUCAGCUGUCACCAAUUUUGCGUAAACCUGUGCUUAAGAAAAUGAACCCACUAUUCUGCUUCUGCCUUAUGGUGACUCCCUGUGGAUGAACUGGUCGAACUGCUGAUUACAGUUUUAAUUAUAAAUAUUGUUCUAACCCUUUAGAGAGGGAAAAAAAUGUUCCUUUCAUACAAGUUUUGCUAUCUGAAGGAAUGGAUGGUGGGGUGUGAUUGCACUGCGUGUGCAGCCCUCCUCCUGUGAACACUGUCUCGCAUCUUUCUCGUUAAUGCUGAAUGGUGGCUGUAUAAAUACAUGGAAAAUAACAUUGUACAUUUGGGUAUUUGUUAGGAAUUGAUAGAGAAGUUGUGGAUUUUUUUUCUCUGUUUAUCUGAUGUUGGCAUUUACUAGAAGAUACUGCUUGUCCUAUCCAUAUUGCAUGGCAUGAUACAAAUUACUUGGGACAUGCAGCAAUUAGCGCUCGGUUUCAGUGCUAGCUGCUCUCCCUGGAAAGCCUGACAGAUGGUAGGAGUGAAAGCUUUCCCAGCACUUUCCCCAGUAUGUUUUGCUGCCAAGUAAUUAUUACUUUGCUGAUUUCUCCAGUGCCUUUUUCCCGUGGCACUUACACAUUUUGUAACUUGCUAAACAUCCAGGACUAGACUCGCUGCGAUGUGGUGUGGCCACAUGAGUAGGAAUGAGACUCAACUCUUCUCUUCAGUGGAAGAAAAUAAAAGCAAUAACUGUUUUAAAGUUCUCAUGAGCUGGCACAUAUUAUCUGGAGAGAUAGAUUUGCCUGUUUCUCAUUUAAGAAUCAUUUUUUAAAAAGAAGGAAAAGAAGGAACUAGAUGGAAAUUAUCACUGGAUAAUUUUUUUUUGCUUGAAAAUCAGAACCACUGCUGGUUUUUAUCCAAGCCAAAGUAGUAAUUAUUUUAUACUUUUAUAUUGAAAAUAUGUUUUUAAUAAAUCCUCAGAAACAAGCAGCAAAAGGUGCUUUUUCUCUGUGUUGGAUUCCCAAGUAAUUAGCUAUGCCUUUGUCUUCCUUGUUUAGGAAAGUGUUCUUUUUGCUGAAGUGUUGUAUUUAAUAACUCAUUAUACAUUUUUUGCUUUCAAUGGAUCUGGAAGACAACUUUUCUUGAUGUAUAUUUAUUUGUGAAAGUAGGUUAUUUGUAAUUAAUAUUGCUGCUUUCUUUCAGACACCUCUGUGACAUCAGGGCUACUGUGUUGUUCAUUUCCUCUAAGCAAAAACUUCCAUUUGGUCUCCUACAUAAGAGGUUUGUCCAAGAAAGAUUCCAGCAGUUGUCCUGGGCUGGAAUGGGCUAUGUCUAGGAGUUGAAUUUAGAACACAGUUCUUCUAUAGAGGAGCUUUGGGCUUUAAUGGGAAAAAGCUGUUUUUGAACACAAACUGAGACAAGUUUCAAGCCAAAGGGAAAAAAAAAUCACAACCCAACUACCUAUCACACUAGUUGUAGCAAUCACUGUGGAAUAGAAACCUGGGAUUUUGCCAUGAAACAGGAGGGACUGUGACAGUCCAGUGGAGCUGUGCCUGACAGCCUGGGCUGAACGUGGUCUCUCACACCAACCUCCAUCUCAGGUUAUCCCAAUGUACUUGCAAUCUGUACAAAGUGCCUGUGCAGUUCAGGUGCAGAGUGUGGUUACUGCUGAAGCAGAUGGGAGCUGAUCUCUCCUGUCAGCAGCGCUGCGCUGCAAAGCAUUGACAAGGUCACCCAUGGUGCCUUUGUAUUCUAAAAACAUAACUAUUAAAAGAAAACAACCUGCUGGGCUGUUUGCUUUUUCAGCAGCAGUUGUGGUUCACAAGCAGCAAACAGCUUUCCACUUGGUGUUUUCACGAGUUCUGGCAUACAGAGGCCAAACUGGAUUUUCUCAGCUCUGCCAUUACAUGCUUCAAAUAUAUUUCUAUUCCUGAUGUAAAUCUGAUGGUGUGGACUGUAACUACAGACUCACAGUUGUUUGUUCAUGGAGCACUGGAAACAUUGCUUUAGUCAAGGCAAUAAGGAAGCAGCAUUCCAAAACACAAAAUCUAGGUAGUAGACACAAAAUGUAUUUUCCCAUCCAAGACUGAACUUUACCAGUUUUGUCUUGGGGAAACAGGCCCCUAAAAUUUCCCACUAAAGGAAGAAAACCUGACUUGGUAUUCACACUAGAGAAACUGACUGGAAGGAUGUGGUCAGGUGUAAAAAAUUUACUUCUGUCUGUAAAUUUUGUAUUUAGAAGUUACAUGGUUCUGAAUGUAAGUUAAAAAAAUCAGUUUUCCAAGUUUAUUUUGUAAAAUUCCUUGCUGUUCUGCAUAGGAAGCUGAAUUUCUCAUUGAUUUGUGGAUCUUCUACAAAGUGACUGAGAAGUAUGGGGUUUUCUUGUUGUUUAAGACAUACAGAAUUAGAAGCUAGCGGGACAUGGUUAUUUUUAGUUUUCUCAAGCUGGUAGGCUCUGAGCUAAUAGCGCUGUUAUUACAGCUAAUUUUCUGACUAUUUUCUGCACUUUAAGCCGUGAUAUCAAGUAUGUUUUUGUCGUUUUCCACCUGUGGAAAUGGUCAUGAAAGUUACACCUUGGGUACCUUUAUCACUGUGUACUCAGGCAGUAACCAGACACAAACACAUGGAUCUAAACAUUGAGUGCACUUAAAAUUUUUUAUCCCUUAUUUAUACUAACGGUGUUAGGCAUUUACCUCAAUCAUUUUAAACAUUGGUUAUUGUAUAUCACUUAUUUGGGUAUAAAAUACUUUCAUGAAAUAAAAUAUACUCAAUUGUUGUGGAUUAUU